GACAGGAUUCUGGGAAGGUUGUGAUCUGGAAUAUGUCUCCAGUCCUCCAGGAGGAUGACGAGAAGGAUGAAAAUAUUCCCAAGAUGCUCUGCCAGAUGGACAAUCACUUAGGUAUUACAGAGUGGCCCUUUGCAGGCUUUGCGUGUUGGCAGAGUGCCCAAGGUUAGCACAUGUGUUUGUAAUUAGAAAGAUAAGGCCCCGUGCGGCGGUAACUGCCCUCGGCCUGCUGUCUGAAGGCACAGAUGUUGGCUGCACACCUGGGUGAGUUACUCGGCAGAAGAUUCGGCCCGCCCACAGAACCGUCUUUGGACAGUCCGCAGCAUGUGUGAACUGUGUGCGGUGGUCAAACAGUGGGAUGUAUUUAGCUUCUGGGGGAGAUGACAAACUGAUUAUGGUGUGGAAGCGGGCUACGUACAUUGGCCCCAGCACUGUGUUUGGCUCCAGUGGUAAGCUUGCCAACGUGGAGCAGUGGCGUUGUGUCUCCAUCCUCCGGAGUCACUCAGGCGAACUCCCCACGUUCUGCUGUUUAUCCUGGUGAACUGAAUCACUACCUUCAUCAGUGGAUCACUAAGUCCAUGUGAUGGACGUCGCAUGGUCUCCCCAUGACGCCUGGCUGGCCUCGUGCAGUGUGGACAACACUGUCGUCAUUUGGAACGCUGUCAAGUUCCCAGAAAUUCUGGCUACUCUGAGAGGUCACUCUGGCUUAGUAAAGGGACUAACUUGGGACCCUGUUGGUAAAUACAUUGCCUCUCAAGCUGACGACCGCAGCCUGAAGGUGUGGAGGACACUGGACUGGCAGUUGGAGACCAGCAUCACCAAGCCUUUCGAUGAGUGUGGGGGGACAACCCAUGUGCUGCGGCUCAGCUGGUCACCUGAUGGGCACUACCUGGUGUCUGCCCACGCCAUGAACAACUCCGGCCCCACCGCCCAGAUCAUCGAGAGGGAGGGCUGGAAGACCAACAUGGACUUUGUCGGCCACCGGAAGGCUGUGACCGUUGUGAAAUUCAACCCAAAAAUCUUCAAAAAGAAACAGAAGAAUGGGAGCUCCGCGAAGCCCAGCUGCCCCUACUGCUGCUGUGCGGUGGGCAGCAAGGACCGCUCCCUGUCCGUCUGGCUCACAUGUUUGAAACGGCCUCUGGUUGUCAUCCAUGAGCUGUUUGACAAGUCCAUCAUGGAUAUUUCCUGGACUCUGAAUGGGCUGGGCAUCCUGGUGUGCUCCAUGGAUGGCUCAGUGGCGUUCCUAGAUUUCUCCCAGGACGAGCUUGGAGACCCACUGAGCGAGGAGGAAAAGAGCCGUAUUCACCAAUCCACCUAUGGCAAGAGUUUGGCCAUCAUGACUGAGGCCCAGCUCUCCACAGCUGUUAUCGAGAACCCUGAGAUGCUCAAGUACCAGCGCAGGCAGCACCAGCAACCAGACCAGAAGGGCACCUCGGCGAGAGAGACAGGCGCUGCUGCCUCGGUCGCUGGCGUUGUCAAUGGGGAGAGUCUGGAGGACAUCAGGAAGAAUCUUUUGAAGAAACAAGUUGAGACUCGGACGGCAGAUGGUCGGAGAAGAAUCACACCUCUCUGCAUAGCACAGCUGGACACCGGGGACUUCUCCACGGCAUUCUUCAAUAGCAUCCCACUCUCGGGCUCCCUGGCAGGCACCAUGCUCUCCUCUCAUAGUGAUGCGCAGCUGCUGCCCCUGGACCCCAGUACCCCCAACUCCUUUGGCGCCUCGAAGCCUUCCACAGAGCCUGUGGCAGCAGCUGGUGCCAGGCCUGUGGGUGACUCUGUCAGUAAGGACAGUGUGAACACCACCUCUGUUCCUGCUGCGUCAUCACCCUCCGUGUUAACAACCCCAUCCAAGAUCGAACCCAUGAAAGCGUUUGACUCCCGAUUCACGGAGCGGUCCAAGGCCACACCAGGUGCUCCUGCCCUGGCCAGUGUGACUGCGACGUCCGUGGAAAGGUUGAAAGAGCAGAGCCUCGUGAAAGAGCCGAGGCCCCGGGACCUGCUGGAGAGCAGCAGUGACAGCGACGAGAAGGUCCCUGUGGCCAAACCCUCCUCGCUGUCCAAGCGAAAACUGGAGCUUGAGGUGGAGACAGUGGAGAAGAAGAAGAAAGGGCGGCCUCGGAAGGACUCCCGGCUCCUGCCUGUGUCUCUGUCUGUCCAGUCGCCAGCUGCCCUGACUGCAGAGAAGGACGCUGUGUGCUUGUCUGUACCAGCACCUGCGCUGAGGCUGCCCAUGCCGGGCCCCCAGAGAGCAUUCACCCUGCAGGUGAGCUCCGACCCCUCCAUGUACAUCGAGGUGGAGAACGAAGUGACCACAGUUGGGGGGGUGAAGCUGAGCCGCUUGAAGUGUAACCGGGAAGGGAAGGAGUGGGAGACGGUGCUCACCAGCCGGAUCCUCACCGCCGCCGGCAGCUGUGAUGUGGUGUGUGUUGCCUGUGAAAAGAGGAUGCUGUCAGUGUUCUCCACCUGUGGUCGCCGCCUCCUCCCUCCCAUCCUCCUGCCGUCCCCUGUCUCCACUUUGCACUGCACGGGCUCCUACGUCAUGGCACUCACUGCUGCGGCCACACUGUCCGUCUGGGAUGUUCACAGGCAGGUGGUUGUGGUGAAAGAAGAGUCUCUCCACUCCAUCCUGGCAGGAAGUGAUAUGACAGUGUCACAGAUCUUGCUGACGCAGCACGGAAUCCCAGUGAUGAACCUGUCCGAUGGGAAAGUGUAUUGCUUUGAUCCGUCACUUUCCACAUGGAACCUCGUUUCUGACAAGCAGGACUCCCUGGCCCAGUGUGCGGACUUCAGGAGCAGCCUGCCUCCCCAGGAUGCCAUGCUGUGCUCGGGACCCUUAGCCAUAGUCCAGGGUCGCGCCUCCACCUCAGGAAGGCAGGCAGCCCGGCUCUUCUCCGUGCCUCAUGCAGUGCAGCGGGAGACCACCUUGGCCUACCUGGAGAGUCAGGUCGCAGCAGCACUCACCCUGCGGUCCAGCCACGAGUACCGCCACUGGCUCCUCCUCUAUGCGAGGUACCUCGUGAAUGAAGGGUUUGAAUACCGACUCCGAGAAAUAUGCAAGGACUUACUGGGUCCGGUUCACUACUCCACUGGAAGCCAGUGGGAGUCAACGGUAGUGGGUCUGCGGAAGAGGGAGCUGCUGAAGGAGCUGCUGCCGGUCAUUGGGCAGAAUCUCCGCUUCCAGCGCCUCUUCACCGAGUGUCAGGAACAGCUUGACAUCCUGAGGGACAAGUAGCCUGCUGAGGUCUGCCCUGGCUGCAGCAAGGGCAGGGCCAUGCCCUCGCCACUGGCAACGCACGGGGCCUCCUCUCACCUCAUCUGCAAGUUACAGUAAGACGAGGAGACACUGGCAGGAGGUGGGCAGUCCAGCACCAGUGCUGGUCCCGCUUCCUGGGCGGACCUCCCCUGUGUCCUGGGCCUGGUGCUCCCUCAGAAGGGGGCACCUCUGCCCGCAAUUCACCCCUCCCUCCAGGAACCCCAUAUGGAGCUGGGGCUGGCACCCUGCCCUGCUGCCCGGGGUCAGUGAGGCACUCCCGGGCCUGCCGUGACGAGCACGGUCCCAAGGUGGACUCUGACUGGCCUCUGCCACUGCAGUUGCCGUGCUGCUUCAGCUAUGACAAGUGAGCCACUUGCGAAAGCGAGAACCCUGAAACGUAGUGUAUUAUGCAGUCAGGAGACUGACGCAAGACCUUUGUAAAAGGAAAGGCUAUUCCGACACACGGACUAUUUUUGUACUAGAAUUUGCUAACUUGUAAUAUGGAAUUUUCUUUUUGGUCAAUAAUCAGGAUUUCCCUAUAAGUCACUUGGACAUUGGUCACUUGUAGGAAAUUUAAACUCUAAUUAUGACAGCUACAUUGAAACAUAAUUGUACUGAAAUUAACUUGUCUAUCUUCAUUUGGUUUUAAUUUUUAAAUGUUUGUAAAAAGAGUCUUUUUUGGGGGAUGGGGCAGGGGGUGGGCGAUUUCUUUUGUAAGUAUAAAAUAAAUGAACACACGUUGGAUACCAAAUCACCCUGGCUGCCCCUGCCUUUUCCUUCUAACUGCACCUUCCUCCUGCAAUGGUGGAUCCCUCUCCUGAAAUGGGCCGUGAAAGAAGAUCGGAACCAGAAGGGGUCUUUGAUGUCAUCUAAUAUCCCUGGCCUCUCCACACAGAAAUUCUCUUCACGAUGUGGAGGUCACUUCCCUGGAUAUGUAGGAUCUCGGGCUGCACUGGGACCAGCAGGCAGGCCACCUGGUGCGUGUCUUUUCCCAGGCCAGGUGUCGAGGUCCUGGGUUCCGGCUGCCCUGAUCCCCAGGUCCUGAUCAUGCUCGGCACCAAGGACUGCAGCUGACGUGCCAAUUUCAUGGAAGGAAAUCAACAGGUAAAGAUGUGAGUUUUCUGAAGAAUUAUCUAGGAGCCUGAUUUCUUACCACAAGAGAAGAGAUAACUAGAAUCACGGAAUCUUCAAGCAUGGUGAGGGCUGAGCAUCUUCACUGCUGGGUCCUCAACCUCACUGUUGCCUCCCUGCCGGCCGUGUGGGAUCCUGAGUCUGGGGAAGGAGGCCUGGACUUGGAAUUGGGACAUCUGGGUGACUCUGGCCACUGACAUCCCUGUAUGGCUGCUUCUUUGCCUAAUGGCCAUUUUAGCUUCCUGUCUGUUUAAUGUCAAAUGCCUGGAUAAGAUCCGGGCACACAUAAGUGCCAGACAAGCCAAUGCAUGGAGUGCAUGUGGGCAUGGGUGCCUCAAAAGCCAAGCUGUAGUGUGAGCUUUUCUUUAAGGAAUGAGGAACCAGAGAUGCUGUGCAAGUCAGGCAGUUACCCUGGCAACCCUGCAGAGAGGCAUUGAGAACUCUGGGGAGCAGCAGCAAACAGCCUCAGGACUGACAGAGCUGUCUUAUGUCUAAACCAGCACAAAUCUGGGCCUGUCAAAUGGAAAUGAGGUUAAGAAAACCUGUGUGGCUGUGAGGACUAACAGGUCAUGUAAGCAAAGUCCUGGCUCAUAGCCAAUGCUUCUUUGAAGAAAACUCUCAACAAUCAGUGUUUUUACUAUUUGGAGAGGAGAGGAAGACAAAAAGCAGAAAGACUGGUCAGGGACUUCAUACUUCCAGCCAAGAUGGGAUCACAGGGAGCAAACUGACCCCCUUGCUGAACAACCAAAGGAACCAAUCAAAAUACAUGAAGCAGAGGUCUCAAGACAUCGCAUAUCAGAAAAUAAAGGACAAUGAUCCCCGGGAGAUGGAAAACAAACAAGAUGAGCCCUGUGACUGCCCCAGCGUACUACUGCAGAGAGAGUUUCUAGGCUGCAGCAAAGGGGGGAGAAGCUGUGGCAGAGCCCAGCAAACUGGUGUUGCAGAAAUGAAUCUGAGAAGCCGGGAGAGCAAGACAGAGUUCACAGGGCAAAGUACCAGAAAGAAGAACCCUCCAAGGAGAGAGGAUCUUGGAGGCUCUGCAGAGGGGGCACCUUUGUAUAUUCUACUAAGUACUGAUAAGUGCAUGCACAUGAGGAAACAAGCAAGAUUGGACAACAAACCAUAUGAAAAGAUUAAAGUGAAAAUUGCCCAGUUAUCACCCAGGGAUAGGAAUAGUGCCUAUUCCCACCAAACAGACUAGAAAAACUUGUAACACAAAGAUUUGGGGUAGAGUACUCAGGAAGUAUUGCCUCAGUAUUGGAGAGUAGUCAGAGCACUGUUGCAGAUCCAUCUAACAAAAAUGAAAAAGCAAGACCUGAAAGGAUUAAACUGUUUCCAAGUAAUUAAUUUCAUUGCAAACCAAAGUUCAAGAGGAUUUAAAAGAAUACGAAAGUAUGCAACAUCCAAUGUUUGGCAUCCAAACAAAAGAUUACCAGGCAUACAAAGAAGCAGGAAUAUGAUCCAAAAUGAGGAACAAUCAAUCUUGACUGAUCAAUCAAAACUGACCCAGAAUUUACACAGAUAUUAGAGUUGGCAGAGAAGAACAUUAAAAUAGUUAUAACACUACCUUUCAUGUUCAAAAGUGGCUACAUAGAAGACCAUAACAAGAAAGUCACAUCAAAUUUCUAGAGGUGGAAACUAUAACAUGGAGAUGAAAACAUGCAAAGGGGAAUAGGAUGAAUGGCAGAUUAGACACUGCAGAAGAAAAGAUUAGUGAACUUGAAUGCAUAGAAAUAAAAAUAUCCCCAAAAAAAAAAAA